GGGUGUUUGCUCACCUGGAAAUGCUGGAGGCGCGGGCUUAUGAGGCAGCCUUGAAGCAAGAGGAAGCACAGCAGCAGGAGGAGAAGCUGGCCAGGCUGAAAGCAAGAGUGCAGGAGCUGAGACUCCAGAGGGAUGAGCUGCGGGCUAAAGUGGAUCUGCAGGAAAAGGGGCAACUUGGGAAAGACGGAGUCGUGUCGGAUAAGGCGCAGCCCAGCGCUCAGGAGGGUUUAGAGAGGAAGAUACAAAGCGUUAAGGCCAUGCUGCAGAUCUUUCACCUCACAGGGAUCAGCGGGAAGCUGACCAAGCAAGGAGUGUGUUUCUGCAUCAGCACGGCUUACGAGGGCACCUACUUGGAUUCCUACUACCUGGACCUGCUCAUCAAGCCACAGAUGCAGAUUUACCGCCACUCCAUCCCCAUCUUCAUCCCCCUGGAGCAGAUGGCCAGGAAGUACUUGCAGACGGACAUCAGGCGCUUCGUGUCUGUCCUGUCGGACCACCUGAACGCCUACGCGGGGAGGAGGUACCAGGCCGACCAGUUACAGGAACACUUUUCGGACCAAAUAGAAGGAACCUUGCAGAGGAAUUCCUUGUGUAACUUGCUGGUCUUCAAUUACGACGUGUCAAGUAAAAGCAAGACCUUCGUGUUCAACGUGAGGCUGCUUUACGGCGACCUCUGCUGCAGCCUCCCCACCGAAGUCAUCGUUUCUUGCACCCCAUCCAGUCCAACCGUUAGCCCAGAACUGCCCAGGCCCCACUAA